CAAUAGGCCAUAUCCUAUCCGUAUGUUUGGGACGGUUUUGAAUAAAAUAUCCGUUGAUACGUUUACAAAGAGCCAAAGCCGGAUAUGACUAUGAGUGUGAGAUCGAUUGGAAAAGAAACCACCUAAUUAUAACAUUAAACAAAUAUUAAUUUAUAUAUUUAUAUAUUUCAAUCAAUAAUUGCAACGAAUUUAUCAGGGUGUUGGGUAGCUCAGUGGGUUGGGUAUGGUUGGGUUACUUUGAUUAUCUCGAGAAAGCGAAUCUUUGUUCAUAUCAUAAUAAAUUUACUUACGAUCCAUUCCUUCCAGUCCCAACUAUGAAUUCAACUUACGGAUCGAAACUGCGGACCUGCAGAAUUGGCGGUUAAGGUUUCAGAUCAAGCUAAGCUCUAAUACUGGCGACAAACUCAGUUCGGCUGGCUUGAUUGGGUUCAGGUGAGCUACGUUUCGACCAACCCAUCGGUGCAAAGUUUAUUCUCUGCGUGUGUGUGUGUGUGUAUUUGUGUUGAUUUGUGAUUGGAUGGAUAUGUUUCAAAAUAACUGGAGGAAUCUCGAGCAUCUUUGAUAAUUUCGCUGAGUUGGGAUGAAUUCGGAUGUGGAUUAGCCAACGUUUAGGAUCUGUUUUUUCUGGGUUUUAAUUUCUUUCGCGGGAACAUAACUGGGAGAAUUCUAAGUCAAAGGUAGCUCAACUAGAUUGGACACGAGAAAUUCACUAACUCGUUAAAGGAAUAGGAAUGGCAACUCCUGUAGAGCCUCCAAAUGGGAUUAGAACCCCAGGAAAGCAUUACUACUCCAUGUGGCAAACCUUGUUUGAACUUGAUACAAAGUAUGUGCCCAUCAAGCCAAUUGGUCGUGGAGCUUAUGGCAUUGUUUGCUCAUCUGUUAAUAGGGAAACCAAUGAGAAGGUUGCAAUUAAGAAAAUACACAAUGUCUUUGACAACCGAAUCGAUGCUCUGAGAACUUUGAGAGAGUUGAAGCUGCUUCGUCAUCUUCGGCACGAAAAUGUGAUUGCUCUGAAAGAUGUCAUGGUGCCUAUCCAUAGGAAAAGUUUCAAGGAUGUCUACCUGGUGUAUGAACUCAUGGAUACAGAUCUGCACCAGAUUAUUAAAUCUUCUCAAUCACUUAGUAAUGACCACUGCCAGUAUUUCCUUUUUCAGUUGCUCCGGGGCCUCAGGUAUCUCCACUCUGCAAACAUCCUUCAUCGUGACUUGAAACCUGGCAACCUUCUCAUCAACGCAAAUUGUGAUUUAAAAAUUUGUGAUUUUGGCCUAGCACGUACUAGCAAUGGAAAGAACCAGUUCAUGACUGAGUACGUUGUCACUCGCUGGUACCGAGCACCCGAGCUGCUUCUCUGCUGUGACAACUAUGAUACAUCUAUUGAUGUGUGGUCAGUUGGAUGCAUCUUUGCUGAGCUUCUAGGCCGUAAGCCUAUCUUCCCAGGUUCUGAGUGUCUCAACCAGCUGAAACUUAUCAUAAACAUACUUGGGAAUCAGAGGGAGGAGGAGUUUGAAUUUAUAGAUAAUCCAAAAGCAAAGAAAUUCAUAAAAUCAAUUCCAUAUUCCCCUGGAACUCCCUUUUCCCGCCUGUACCCUAAUGCUCAUCCUUUGGCAAUUGAUCUGCUUCAAAAGAUGCUCGUGUUCGACCCGUCAAAGCGAAUCAGUGUUACCGAGGCACUUCAACACCCUUAUAUGUCCCCACUGUAUGAUCCUAGUACGAACCCUUUGGCUGAGGUUCCAAUCGAUCUUGACAUAGACGAGGAUUUGGGAGAAGACAUGAUAAGGGAGAUGAUGUGGAAAGAAAUGCUGCAUUACCAUCCAGAAUCUGCUAGUGUUGAGCUGUGUUCUUAGUCUUAUUAGACUUGCAGAGGCUUUGGAAGGAAAACACUAUUCUGAAAAGGUGAAAGUAAUUGUUUUUGUUCAUUUCCAUGUGUUUCUUUUAAGUGAUCCAAGUAGCUUUUUAUUUAUCUCCAAAAUCUUGAAGGUGCAGACUGAAGUGGGCUACAUUGUUUGUUCAUAUAAUAUUAUAAUUAACCUUCUAUUUUUCAUGUCUAUAUGAAGAAGGAGGCUGUGCAUUCAAGGUAGCUGGCCUUUGUAAGUUGUAUAUAUAUGUAUGGGUGUUGUUCAAUGACUACGGAGACUUGUUUUUGUUUUGUAAAUUAGUCAAAUAUUACUGUUUAAUUUCAUAAGGAUGCAGUAAUCCUAGAAA